UUUUCACGUAAGCUUCGACGUCGACGUUUGCCCGUGCCAUCGUCAUAGAAUACUACUACCAAUGGGUCAGCUCUUUGCAAUCUUGCAGGGACCAAAGAAUACGUGGUCGCUUCCCCCUGAACUUUGGCAGCAUUGCUGGAGUUUCCUGGCGGUUGAUGAUCUCCUUGCCGUGUCAUCCACUUGUCUGUCGUUUCGUUUUACCUGCAAAGACCUGUUGUUCAAGAACAUCACCACUACUAUCCCAUACAAGCGCACUAUCCGGCACAUAUUCCAGCCUCGAAAUGAAGAUGUUACACGAAUCGCACGAGCGCGCCGACUUCUUCUUCGUCUUCACGCGCUUCAAAGUGACAGUGACGCUCGGGAGGUACUCGGGCUGGUGGAGACAUGGAGCAUCAGGACCUUUGGAUCGCCCGCUCCGUUAGAAGAAACAGAGAUCAUGCAAUAUGACAAAGCUGGCUUCCCCUUCGUACAACCAUCCAUCUCGAUUUUCCUCAUUUUACCAUCAUGCAGAAACCUUCGCGUAUUGAACAUUUCAGAUAUUCACAUUGAGGAAGAGCGCUGGUCUGCGCUGGUGAAAAUACCUCAGCUGGAAUGCCUCAACAUGGAACGAUGCAAUCUGUCAUCCACUGCCAAGGCUAUGAAGCUCAAAGUCGUAUUAAUCACCUAUGAGGCACAUCGUGACCCACCACCCGUACCACCUCCAACCAGACAGCUGAUUUCCUCGCUCUUCAACCUUCGACAUCUAGAAAGACUCACACUACUCGACCUCACCUUCUCGAACUCUUUUCUCCUUGGACUCGUUCGGUUGGGGCAGUUCGAGAACCUGAAGCAUCUUUCUGUGGUGGUACCGGAAACUCACAUGGACACGCUGUUUACCUUCUUGAGCAAAACACCUUCGCUCGCAUCGCUCACUAUUUCGAAUUUCUCAACCAUGGCCAAGCCUAGCAAGCCCGUUAUACAAUCUGUUGUUCCCAACCUCGUGGCCUACGACGGGUUUCCGACUCUUAUCCCCAUUUUACUUCCUGGGCGGCCCGUCAAUGUUAUUUGUUUGAGGAUGAAUCACAGGACCGAUCCUCGCGCCAGUCUUGGCAAUCCCUUUGGCGUCUACGACAACAAUGUUGUUUGCAAAGCAUUGAAUGACUGUUCUGCGUCUACUCGCAUGGUACACGAUCUCAUGCUCUCUCCCUUUCAUCCUACUCCCGACAGCAUGCAGGACAUCGUGCGCAUCCACCCAGAUCUUCGCCAUCUGCAGCUUGAUAUCCUCCGCACGCCAAACAUCAAUAUGGGUGUUGACGAAGAGGGACCCAUGUCACUUAUCAUGGACAUGCUUGCUAAUGUCGUGGAAGCGCAAGAUAGCGAUAACUUCUCACACUAUCCACUGUUCUUGAUAUCGGGUUUCUUGAAUUGGAUCGCUAACGGUCAUCUCCCACUUCCGGCAAACCUCGAGACGCUGCAUCUCCAUUAUUACCAAAAAUCGGUGACAGUUUGCGGCGAUGCCACAAAGCAACGACUCCUCAUGCCAAAGAUCUCCGCAGCUUAUCCUGCGCUGCAUGAAAUUGAGAUGGGCACCACGCGCUGGUGGAGAGAGGGUGAUUGUUGGUCCCAUGAGGUACUCGCACGCACUCAGCUAUGAGGUGUAGGGUUAUAGGCCGUCUUUAGUUGUGAACCACGUGGCUUUGUUACUUGUAAUAGGCUUUUGCCUGUGUAGGUUGUGUGUAUCAGAAGCAUGAUUAUAGUUGGA